AUGGCGGCUACUCGCGCUGUCCUCUGCCUUCUCAGCCUCGUGCCGGGCAUCCUCAGCUUGAGGGUGACCCCAGGCUCGCCCUGUACCAGUGUGUGCGCGAAUCCGACGAAUACCACCACCGACGAGAUCGUCUGUCUUGAUUCACAAUACACCAGCACCACCACCGGAUCGCAAUUUCAGAGUUGCAUCUCUUGCGAGUUGCAGAGUGUCUACGGGGACCAGUCCACCGGAGAAACAGACGUAGAUUGGGGUCUAUGCUUUUCUGGCGAAUUGUAUUUUCUCUCUUCUACCCCCAGCUUGAGUCAUCGGAUCAAACUGACUUGUUGUGACUUGGUAGUCCUGGAAGCAAUUCGCUAUAACUGUCACUUCCAGACGCUCAUUGGAACCGCGUUCCCGAUCAGUCCAUCCCGGAUCUUCAACUCGACUGAACUUCCCACCACGACGGCGUCGCUGACGACUUCUUCGGCCGCAGCGGCACAGUCACCCGUCCAGAAGUUCCUAACGGUUAUCAUUGUGUUUCCCAUCAUCGGGUUCCUAAUCCUCGUUGCCCUCACCGCCCUCUGCUGCUUCUGUCUGAUCCGUCACCGUCGCAAGAAGGCCAAAGAACGCAGCUAUUCGCACCACCUCCAUGCGCGCUGGAAUGACACCACCAUCAGCACCCCGGGACAGGCUGCUUGGGGGAAUUUCUCUCCCUACCAGAGCCCUGGCGCUAUGCCCCAUCAGAUGGUGGGUUCACCUGGUUAUGGUUAUGGAUCCGGCUUCGACGUGGUCGAUUCCGACGGGCGGAGGUACGACGCUGGAUUCUCGAAGACCGGGUUUGCGUCGUACGCGUCACCGGUAUCUCCGGGCGUCCCUGCUCCGGCUCAGGCGUUUCACCCUCAUGAGGCUGAGAAGCCCGCUGAGCAGCAACAGACCCAUUUCCCUCCGCCUCCAUCCCAGCAGGGUCGAUGA